AUGACGCAGGAGUUCAAACUCAAGGGCCUCGAUAAGCUUGACCUGAAAGACCUCGAGAAGAAAGAGGUGGAAGUCGAAGGCAUCGACGGCGGAAAAGUCCUCCUGUGCAAAGUGGGUGGCCAAGUGCACGCACUGAACGCCAACUGUACACAUUAUGGGGCGCCGUUGAAGUUGGGUGUCUUGACGCCCGAGGGCCGAUUGACGUGUCCCUGGCAUGGAGCCUGCUUCAACGCCCGCACCGGAGACGUCGAAGACUCGCCUGCGCCGCUGUCGCUGAACGCAUUCGACGUCAUCGAGAAAGACGGCGGAGUGUACGUCAAGGGCAAAGAGGCAGACAUCAAAGGCGGAAAGAGGACCGUCAAUAUCAAGACCACUCCGUCUUCCCAGGAGAAACUUAUCAUUGUCGGAGGCGGAUCAGGCACAUUCGGCGCCCUCCUCAAACUGCGUGAACUCGGCUACAAGGGCCACAUCACGGUCAUUACGCACGAAGGCUACCCGAUCGACCGCACCAAACUCUCCAAAGCCCUAAUUACUGACGCCUCGAAGCUCUACCUGCAACCUGAACAGUGGUACUCGGAAGGCUCGAUAGAGUUCUUCCCCGACACCGUCACUGCAGUCGACUUCGACGGCAAAACCGUGCAGACCAAGACCGGCAAGUCAUUUCCCUACUCGAAACUCAUCCUCGCCACCGGUGGCACGCCGCGUCAACUGCCCCUGCCGGGCUUCAAGGACAACCAGCUGAGUAACAUCUUCCCCCUCCGAAAGGUCAGCGAUGUGCAGGCCAUCAUGAACGCCGUUGGCGACAAGGGCAAGAAGAUUGUCAUCAUUGGCUCCAGCUUCAUCGGUAUGGAAGUCGCCAACGCUCUGGCCAAAGAAAACUCGGUCAGUAUUGUGGGCAUGGAAUCCGCGCCGCUCGAGCGCGUCAUGGGCACCGAGGUGGGAAAGAUCUUCCAGCGCUCCCUCGAAAAGAACGGCGCGAAGUUCUACCUGAACGCCGGGGUUGAUUCCGCUGUACCGGCGUCGAAGCUCGCCAACGCGGUCGGUUUGAGCUCUGUGGGCGCCGUGAAACUGAAAGAUGGCACCGAACUAGAAGCCGAUCUCGUAAUCCUGGGGAUCGGUGUGUUCCCCGAAACGACAUACCUCCGCGACAAUCCUAAAAUAAAACUCGAAAAAGACGGCAGCAUUGCUGUCGACGAAAACUUUGCGGUCAAGGGCCUGCAAGACGUCUGGGCCCUGGGCGACAUCGCCACAUACCCGUACCACGGCCCAGGUGGGAAUGGCACGCCCGUGCGCAUUGAACACUGGAACGUUGCACAGAACAUGGGUCGCACCGUGGGGCAACUGAUCGCGCAGCCAGGCAGCAAGCCAAAACCGUUCAUUCCCAUCUUCUGGUCCGCCCUCGGGAGCCAGCUGAGAUACUGUGGUGCCACGCCGAACGGAUGGGAUGAGUUGGUGUUGAAGGGUGAGCCUGAGAACGGCAAGUUCGCAGCAUUCUACUGCAAAGGCGACACGGUGGUGGCCAUGGCGAGCAUGAUGAUGGACCCGAUCAUGGUCAAGUCCGCCGAGAUGAUGCGGCAUGGCAAGAUGCUAAGUAAGAGCGACAUUCAAGGAGGCAAGGAUGUCUUAGAGGCGGCUUUGUGA